UGGUUGUUCUCUGCGAGCCCGUCUGAUGAGCUCCUCUCCCGGGCACUUUCACCAGACUUCCCCGGUGCUGUGGAGCGGCUUGUGGUUCUCCGUGUGACCGACGGAUGAGCUCCUCUCCCGGGCACUUUCACCACACUCCCCCCGGUGCUGUGUCAUGAUUGUACCGGAGCCGUGACGAUGCAGAUCCUGACCCCCCAUGUGUACUGGGCUCAGCGGCACGGAGACAUCUUCCUCCGGGUGGAGCUCAGCGACGCGAAGAACCUUGACAUCAGCCUGCAGGAAAACAACACACUUCAGUUCAAAGCACAAGGACACGGAGCUAAAGGAGACAAUGAGUACGAGUUCAGUUUGGAGUUCCUGGAACCGGUCAGAGCCGAGAUCAACCACAGGUCCACCCAGCGUCUGGUGGACAUCAAGAUCAAGAAGCAGGAGGAGCGCUGGUGGGACCGGCUGACGCUGCAGGAGAAGAGGCCGGUGUUCCUGGCUCCGGACUUCGACCGCUGGCUGGACGAGUCCGACGCCGAGACCGAGCUUCAGGCCAAGGAGGAGGAGAAGAUAAACAAGAUCAGUGUGGAGUCGAGAAUUCGUAAAGAUCCGUACCUGGGUGUGAAGAGAGGUUACCUGUUCAUGUACAACCUGGUGCAGUUCCUGGGAUUCUCCUGGAUCUUUGUCAACAUGACCGUUCGCCUCUUCAUCCUCGGUCAAGAUUCCUUCUACGACACGUUCCACACCAUGGCCGACAUGAUGUACUUCUGUCAGAUGAUGGCGGCGCUCGAGGUCAUUAACCCCCUGCUGGGUUUGGUGAAGUCGCCGUUCUUUCCUGCUAUGAUCCAGGUGGCCGGGAGGAACGUGAUUCUGUUUGUGGUCUUCGGCGCCGUGGAGGAGAUGCAGAACAAGCCCGUGGUGUUCUUCGUCUUCUACCUGUGGAGCAGCAUCGAGAUCUUCAGGUACCCGUUCUACAUGCUGGGAUGCAUCGGCACCGACUGGAAGUUGUUGACGUGGCUGAGGUACAGCCUCUGGAUCCCUCUGUACCCGCUGGGCGUCCUGGCUGAAGCGGUGGCGGUGAUCCAGUCCCUUCCCGUCUUUGACGAGACUCGUAUGUUCAGCGUCCCGCUCCCUGCCGUGCUGGGGGGGUCGUUGAGCUUCUCCUACACGCUGCAGCUCUACCUGGUCUUCAUGUUCCUGGGACUCUUCAUCAACUUCCGUCACCUGUACAAGCAGCGGAGGAGGAGAUACCGCUCCAGGAAACGGAAACUCCACUGACCCGACGUCCACCUGAAGAAGAACCUGCUGUUCUCCUGUUUUCUGCCUUUUCUCAUCUUUCUUUCUUUCUGAUCUCGGGAGAGUUUACACUUAUUGUCAUAUCCUUGUAUCUUUUCUCCUUUCUCACAUUUCACAAAAGUUGAAAAUCCGCAAUGAAGGAAUAUUUUAAUCAUGUUUUCAUUAGAAAUGCAACAGUCUCUGACCUAGAAAAAACAUUUAGGAACAUUCCAACGUACCAAAUGGUUUCAUCGGGAAUCGUGUUCUUGAUGGUUCAAAUAUAUUUCUAAAAGAUUUCAACGAUGAUUCAUGUUCUUUUAACUACUUGUUACCAGUCACACAUUAGUUACAGUCAAAAUGAGAUGUCCCUCGUAUGUUUUACAUUGUUGUUGCUUGUUAACGCUCUGUUGAAGGAUGUUUCCUUAUCAGGGGAUUCAGAGCAGGAUUCUAAAACAAGAUGAAUGCAAAGGACUUCAUAGAUCUAAUGUUUUUUGUCAGAGGACGAUAAAUUCUCAAACAUUGGAACCAGGGCAUUUGAAAACGGUUCUUGUUUGCAGACCACGAUGUGAAGAUUCUCUCUUCCAGUUAAUUUUAGAUUUAUAGAUAGAUUAAUAGAUUCCUGCUGGAACCAACAGCAAGUUUACGUUUUGCAAUGAAGUGAAUAAACAUCUGUUCAGAUUCUUUUACAUGUGUUGGAUGAAGGUGUUGGUCAGUUUGUACCAGGACAUGAAAACCAUUGUUCCCAGUGUCCGGAGCGAUUUGUGGUGAAGUCAAAAUCCAGUUCCCUUGAUUCGUCAACACUAAUUUAAUGAGGAUUGUUAUUGAGCCGUUCACCCAAACGUUUCCAUUGUUUAACCAACAUCUGUUUGAAACCUGAGUGGCUUGAUUUUCCUUUUUUAUUUAUUUUUAUGUUUGUGGGUUGUGUAAUUUUCCAUUUGUUCACUGUAUUUGUUUCUAUUUAUCUCUGUGAACCCAUUUUAUGUCUGAAAGGUUCCUGACCAAAUGAAUAAACUUCAGAAUUCUUA